AUGACAGAGUCAGUAAAGAAAGACAGCCAUGGCGGCUCGACGCAUAGCUCGGUACCCAAUGCGAAGAAUGCAUCUAUUCUGGUCGGUAUGCGUGAUGGUGUAACUGGAGACUUUAAGCUAGUCCCUCGACCAGACGCUGUUGUCUCAGUCUUUGACUCAAACUUCCUCAUUGGCGAUGGUAUCUGGGAGGGCAUUCGCGCCAACAAAGGUCGCCUCCAAUUCGCGCGAGAACAUAUAAACCGCCUUUUCCAAUCAGCAAAGGCAAUGUUUAUGGAUCUUGGUCUGUCAAAAGGUGAUCUUCUCGACUUGAUCCAUAAAACUCUUGACGCGAACGACAUGGGUCAAGAUGAACACGUCCACAUCCGUCUCGUCGUCAGUCGCGGUCUCAAAUCAACACCCUAUCAAAACCCUAGUGUCAACAUCGGUCUUCCAUUAAUCGUCAUCAUUCCCGAGUCAAAGGCCGUCGAUCCAAACUCCAAAUCUCGCGGUUUGAGACUUGCGACAACGUGGGUCCGUCGCGGACCACCAGACGUGAAAGACGAGCAAUGGAAUCAUAUUUCGAAAGCUACGGAUGUCCAAGCUUGUAUCCACGCCAAUGUCAUGAACGUUGACGAAGCACUGAUGCUUGAUCUUCGCGGUUUUGUCAAGACGUGCAACUCUGUUAAUUUCUUUAUUGUGAGGGGGAAUGAGGUUUGGGCGCCGACAAAGGAUAAUCAGAUGCAGGGAAUUACGCGACAAAAGACGAUUGAUGUUUGUCGCGCGAAUGGAAUCACUGUUAAGGAAUUGGAUUUUGCGUUGACGGAAGUUUAUGGUGCGGAUGAGGCAUUUUGCACUGGAACGUUUCCUUCGCAGAUUCAUGUGACGGAAAUUGAUGGCAGAGUCGUUGGAGAUGGUAAGAGGGGACCUGUCACGGAGAAGAUACAGCAGUUGUACGCUGAGCUUGUGAAGAAAGAUGUUGAGAGAUCGAGGGAGGAGAUCAGGGCAGAGGUUACAAGGAAGAGGGAUCUGAGUUGGUUGCAGUCAAAGUUGUAA